UCAAGCAUCCGUAAAUAAUAUUGUGUCCUUAUUGUUUUGAAUAACUACUGAAAAUAAUACUUUAAUACUGAAUAAUAAAUUAACACUUAACAGCUAUUGGAUGUAAAGGAAGUGAUCAGUGUAAAAUUAAAAUGGUAAUACAAAGUAGAAUAUAAAUAUAAGGUGCCUUAAAUAAAUUCAGGAAAAACAAAUAGGGGGGUCCGAAGAAAUAGUACUUAUAUCAACAGUUAGAGAGAUGAAGUGAAAAUGAAAGGAGUUCCAGAAGCUUUGGUUCUAUUGAGUCUGGUGUCAGUGGUGACUCCAGGGUUCCAGUUUCGAAGUAGAAAUGCUUCAGAUGCCUCAAUGAGCAAGCCUUGUGCUCUUGGGGAGUAUACGAGCAGAGCUCAGUGUACACAGUCCCAGUAUAGGCUGGUAUGCAAGGAUGGCCUCGCCAGUUACUGGAUGCGAGGGAUCAAACGAGAAAUAACUCACCUCCGUCUGAUGAACUGGCCCGGAGAGUGCUUCAAUGUCGCCCGACUUCAGUACCACUACCCAGAGCUUGUAUUCUUAGAAUUCAUCAACUCCACCUCUCUGAAGAGCUUCAAGGGCCAUUUCAGUGCUGUGAACAAAAUUGAGAAACUGAUCAUCCACGGAUUGAUGUCACUAUGGGAGCUGCCUCCGGAGAUAGUGAUGGACAUGCCAGUUCUAAGAGAGUUGGACCUUCGAGGGAACAUGUUGAGACAUAUCAAGUCAUCGCUGUUGACGGGACCAAGGAGUUUGGAAUACGUUUAUUUAGCAGGUAAUAGUUGGGACUGCAGUGAUGGUGGUCUCGACUGGCUGGCGAUGGAAGCAGAAAACGGGACGAUCCGGAGGAAAAUAAAAGAUUAUGAUGAACUUGUGUGUCAUCAACAGCUUUACAGAGGGAAGCCAUUGAACAAAGUCAUGGAUAUUAUACGGACGAUGCGUCAAACUUGUCCAGAGCCCUGUUCCUGCACAAUGACACACGUGGUCUUCGACACAGCCGGUGCUGUGAUACCUCUCAUCACCGUUGACUGUGCCAACAGACAGCUGGAGAAUCCACCAUCAGCGUUACCACCAGGAACUACCACACUUCGUCUGGAGGGCAACAAGUUGAGCUCAAUACGAGCCAUCGUUCAUAACCCUCAGUACAAGACCUUAGCUGACCUGUACCUUGAUAACAACAGCAUAUCAGCUGUCAAGGAGUUAGAAGGUACUGAGUGGUUCUCCAAUUUUCGAGUGCUAAGUCUUCGAGGGAACUUAUUGAAACAGAUUCCUGUUUACGCUUUCGACAAAGCGUUUCAAUAUAACAAUAAUAUAAUGCACGUGUUUCUCGGGGACAACCCUUGGAGAUGUGACUGCCACUACAUACCUCGCUUCCAGAGUUUGCUUCUGAAGUACAAGCGAGUGAUCCGGGAUCUAUCUGACAUAAGGUGUUCGAAAUCUAGUGACAAGAAGACAUCACUUGUGCAGAUCAGUACGAUACCACUGGGGAACAUCUGCGGGGACGAUGAUGUGAUGCCAAUAAGUCCCAUCAAUAUAGUCAAUUUAGUUUUAUUAGCUCUAAUAUUAUUAGUUGUAGGAAGAUUUCUGUACGAUUGGCAAAACUUUAAGAAUACCGGUGAAUUGCCUUGGUUGUCUUCAAUAUUACCAUAAAUUGUGUGGCUGUGAAAUAAGUAAUUAUAGUUUGACCCAUAGUCACUUACUGGUGGAGCUGGACUGCAUCGUUGUAUGCUUUGGGAGGUGUGAGGGAGGUGAUUGUGAAGAUCAACGCACACAUAUCACUAUAUGAAUGUAAUCACGAUAAAUACCUAGGGUCUAGUAGGGUAUGGUACAGCGGUAAUGGACUUACUCACAUAUCAUAGUUCGGUAUUUCCGAACCGAUACGACAUUCAAACCUUCAAGAAAAGAGCGUAUUCCUUUUUAAAAGGAC